AUGCCAGGGGAAACGGCUAAAGCGAUUGAGGACUUGCGGCGGGAGCUGAGAGCUGAGCUCAGGGCAAUCAAAGAUAGCUUGCAAGAUGUAAAGACACUGAAAGAAGACAUUCAGGACCUAAGGACACUAAGAGAUGACAUUCAUAAUUUGCUUCAAGAAAAUAAAGAUCUUAAAGCUGACAACGCGCGACUGUCACGCCGCAUCGAGGAGCUGGAGCAAUACCAGAGGGGAAAUAACCUCGAAAUUAAGGGAGUGCCACUUGAUGGCGAGCCAGUGAUCAUAAUUAAAAAGAUUGGUGCGCUUGUGGAUGAAGAAAUUACCGAUGCCGACAUUGAUGCAUGCCACAGAGUGCCGACUGCAAGACAUGAUGAGACAAAUAUCAUCGUUCGUUUUGUCCGACGCACAAAACGCAAUGCUGUCCUUCAGAAGGCCAGAAAAAUCCGGAUUAACACUACAAAACUGGGUUUUGAAGAAUCUAAGCCAGUCUACGUGAAUGAGCAUCUUACCCGUCAUGGUAAGCAGCUUCUCGGUGCGGCGACAAAGAAAAAGCGUGAAGUAGGCUGGAAGUUUGUGUGGACAAACGGUGGCAAAAUCUUUGCUCGAAGGGACGAACAGUCUGCAACUUUGCGGAUAAACGCUACGAGUGACCUGGAAAAAAUGUCCCGCGAAACUAAGUGA